CGAAGUAUAAAACUGCAUAGACUAUAUAUAGUAAUUAUAAAAAAUGGCUUCAACUAGCUUCCUCUUUCUUUAUGUGUUACUCAUGUUUUCUCUAGCAGGCAUGGCAAUUUCGGAUUUGUCAGAUGAUUUCUACGAUGAUGUUUGUCCUGAAGCUUUACCAACCAUCAAACGGGUUGUUGAGGAUGCAGUCCGACAAGAGAGGCGAAUGGGCGCCUCUUUGCUACGUUUACAUUUUCAUGAUUGCUUCGUUAAUGGUUGUGACGCUUCGAUUCUUCUUGACCAAACGGCUACUAUUGAUAGUGAAAAGACUGCUCGUGCUAAUAACAAUUCUGUUAGAGGAUUUGAGGUGAUUGAUAAAAUCAAGUCCGAGGUUGAUAAAGUUUGUGGAUGUCCAGUUGUAUCUUGUGCGGACAUCUUGGCAGUUGCAGCUCGUGACUCUGUGGUUGCUCUACAUGGACCAACAUGGGAAGUAGAACUAGGAAGAAGAGACUCCACUACAGCAAGCAGAACUACAGCCAACAAUGACCUUCCAACUCCAGUGAUGGACUUACCUGCACUUAUCGACAACUUCAAGAAGCAAGGUUUGGAUGAGGAAGACCUUGUCGCUCUGUCUGGUGGUCACACACUAGGAUUUGCUCAGUGUUUCACCUUCAGAAAUCGCAUCUACAAUGACACUAACAUUGACUCCACCUUUGCGAGCCAACGCCAAGAAAAUUGUCCACGUAGUGGAGGUGAUUCCAACCUUGCAUCCCUUGAUCCUACACCUGCUCUUUUCGACUCGAAAUAUUUCAGUAACUUGGUAUCCAAGAAAGGGCUUUUGCAUUCUGAUCAAGCACUAUUUAGUGGAGGAGAGACUGAUAAUCUUGUUAAAACCUAUAGUACGAACCUAAGGACUUUCUCUAAAGAUUUUGCUAAAUCUAUGAUUAAGAUGGGGAAUAUCAAGCCAUUGACUGGAAAUCAAGGUCAGAUUCGUGUAAACUGCAGGAUGGUGAACUAAGCAGUUCUAAUGAAAUUAAUCAAAUGUUUCAAGAAUUUGGUUAUUUUCAAUUGCAAUUUUUUAUUCCAGUUGGAAC